CCACCGCCACCGCCACCAUGGACGCCGUAUCCCAGCGUGUUUUGGAGUAUAUGAUAGAAGUUGAGGAAGCAGCGGAGGAUGUCCUCACCACUAAGCAACAGAUUGUGGACCUGGACACAAAGAGGAACAAGAACAGAGAGGCCCUGAACGCACUGAAAACGGAAAUGUCAGAUUCAGAGAAAGUGAAGGUUUGCUUUGGAACCAUGUUCAUCAAAUUUCCCAAAUCAAAGACAAGAGAGAUGAUUCAGAAAGACCAGGAGCAGCUGGAAAAGGAGAUCAACGACCUUCGCAAAGGACUGAAAGCAAAGGUCAAUCAUCUCAAUGAGAUCCAAGGUAAACCUGAGCUGAGAGGAUACAACCUGUCUCCUCUGUCCACUGAUGAAAUCAAAGCUAUGAACAACCUUUUAAAGAGAUGACAUCACAUCUGCGAAACACUUAAGAGCUAAGAGCCUCACCUGCCACUACAGUACUAUGAUGAUGAUAUCCUGUGGAUGAUCUGAUGGCAGUAAAUUGUCAUGCAGAAAGACAACAAUAUCCAUACAGCAGACCUCUUCAAACCUGCCAUCCAGACAUUUUGCAGGUUUAUUCAAACAUCGUAUUCUCAGUGUAGAAGACACAAAAAGAAAAUUUAAGGUUGGUCAGGUUCAGGCCGUUAUUCAAUGCUGUAACUCAGGACGGAGAGAUUGUAACCGUAUUUCCUGUAACUUGGCGGGUGAGUGGAGGGAUACAACCAGGAGGAGGUGAUUCUAGUUUUUUGUUGAAAUGCCCAUUGCUCUGUGAACAGUACGCCUGAAUAGCAGGAACUGACAUCCUGUAUAGUUUGGGGUCCAGUGAAAAAUCAGAUGAAGCCAUGUAGUUGGUUCAUGGUCACAAGAUGGCAGUAGAGUGAAGGUGUACAACAAAACAUUGAGCCUUGAGUCACCAUCUGCCUCCACAGCCUCGCAGCUAGUUUUCAGAUUCUCUGGGAGUGUUGCUGCUCUGCUUUAUAAUGAACUAUGUGACACACACCACAGCUGUGGCUUUGAAAUUCAGCCAAAUCCCAAGCCUUUAGCAAAUCAUCAAUGUAGCAAACACAUUGAAGAUUUGCUAAAUUGCAGCAAAUAUGUGUAUUGUGUAAGAAGACAGUGUUUUCAGCGUGUGACAAUGAUGGAUUUUGA